CCCCAUUUUUGCGUGUACCCCGACGAGAUCUUUGCGCCGUACAACGUAACUCAUCGCGCUGAUUCCGAAUAUGUAAAAAUCUCAAAUACCGCUUCUCUAGAAAAAAAUCAUCAAAUUUUGAUAUGAGAGAAGACGACUCAACCGAACCUUACCUGCCCAACAGAAGUAGAAUUCUUGAUCAGUAGUGAGAGACAGCAAGCAUAAGCAAUAAGUUGACAGUACGUGACUUUUAUCGAACACCUAAGGAGUUACUAUUUGCCAGCCUCUCGUAGUUUAAGCACGUAAACAAGUGUAUUCGAUGCCGAAUUAAUCUCUAAAAACUGUAUAUGUCAAGAGUUUUAAAUUAUCGCUAUCAACGAUUUAUUUUCAACGAUGUACUUCUAAAUACUUUCCAGGUACACUUCGAUGGAAUACAACAGGUAUAACUGUUGCGGGUCAAGCUGAUGGAACAAGCGGAAAUGGAUCAAAUCAAUUACUUUAUCCCAAUAGUGUAUUUCUUGAUUCUAAUGAAGAUAUGUAUAUAGCCGAUCGAAACAAUUAUCGUAUUCAAAAAUGGUUAAAAGGUGCAGUGAGUGGAACAACAGUAGCUGGUAAUAGUGCAGAUCCCAAUGUCGAUAAUCAACUAAAGUACCCUGAAGAUGUUUAUGUUACGCAACAGCAGAUGAUAUAUAUUUCUGAUAGUUAUAAUUAUCGAAUACAAGGGUUUACGAAUGGUAAUUUAUCAAGUGGUAGAGUAAUUGCGGGUAUAACGCAAACGCCUGGUAAUGCAACAAAUCAGUUGAAUGAUAACGAACUUUUUUCAUUUGAUUCUACCAAUACAUAUUUAUAUGUAGCAGAUUCUAAUAAUCAUCGUAUUAUCAGAUUUUUGGCAAAUUCAACAGGCGGUGAUAACGGGACUGUUGUUGCUGGCGGUAAUGGUCAAGGAAAUAAUAUUAAUCAAUUAAAUGGUCCAAAUUGCAUCUACCUUGAUAGUAUCUCAAAUACCAUGUACAUAGCAAACAAAGGCACUUCUUUAGAUGUCUUUGUUAGUCAGUGA